UUCAAAGAGGAAAUUACGGAAAAGGAUGAGCGGAUUAAUGCUCUCGAACAGCAGCUCCGAGCAAUGCAGAAUCCUGAAGUACCAUCAACUGCAAACCAAGAGGCCUCUGCGAAGGUUGACCGAAACGACCUGGCCGAUGAUUCAUCGAAACUACACGGCUGUGCUGUCGACCCUCCAGGAGAAGAAGUGCACCCUAACAAACGCCUAUAGACUGGCAGGAACAGCACGUAGCACCAUUAGUGACUUCCUGGGUGUAGCGGAACUGAAAAUUGUCAAUGAGGUGACAUUUGAAAGCACCUUGGAGAGGCUAGGAAACCCCAAAUUAGCCGUAAAAACCAUCGAACAGGAAUGUCGGAAGCAGCUGGGUGGACUCCUUCCGGUCGUUAAAAGACUUCGCCUCACGAGGAAGCUGUUGCCGCUGGCACAGGAUAAUGCCUUCCAUUCGUAG